GCUUGGAGCGCUGGUGCCUGGAGCUGCCCCUGGGCAGAGCUCUCUCAAUUGAGGGAGCCCAUCUUUGAAUCCCCUCCCAUUAGCAGUCUGACAGAGCCUGAGUCUAGCAACCUUCAGAGCAGCCUGAGAUACAUUUAUUGUCUUCAGCACUUGUCUGACUGUUCUGGUUUUUCAAUCCAUUUUUUGUUUUAUUCUUUGUAGUUGCAACCCCACGCUGCUAUGGCAAUGCACACUCUAAAAAUUAGUAAGUAAAUACUUUUCCUUUGUAGAACCCAGUGUUGCAGUGAGUAAAAAGCUGUUGUCAGAAACUGUUCAGCUCAAGAGUCCGAGUCCCAAACACCUGGUGAACCUUUCUAUGAAGGUGAUGCCCGUGGGAACUGAUGGAGAAGGAGGGAGAGAAAGUAGUUUGUACCAAAUGUGAACAGUGAAACAGCAAGGCUGGGAGAGACACUCUCCGUUGGAAUCAGAGAGGCUGUGUUACAAGAAACUGCUAGCACAGAGCCUGCAGUAAUCUGCAUGAGACCACAGGAGUGAUCAGCUGGGGAAGAGUGAGAUGUAGCCAUGUAUCUGCUGCCUCUAGAACUGAAUAUCUGCAACAGCUCUGAACCUGAAGUCCCUCUGACUUCCACCAAGUGGCCACGACUGCAGAGCAUUUCUUAUACCAGCAUCAUCAUGCCCUCUGUGUUUGGCAUCAUCUGUCUCUUUGGCAUUGCUGGCAACUCUAUGGUCAUCUUUACAGUGGUGAAGAAAUCCAAGUUCCAUGGGUGCCACAAUGUCCCAGACAUCUUCAUCAUCAAUCUCUCGGUAGUGGACCUCCUUUUCCUCUUGGGCAUGCCAUUCAUGAUCCACCAACUCAUGGGCAAUGGAAUCUGGCACUUUGGUGAGACCAUGUGCGCACUCAUCACUGCCAUGGAUGCCAACAGCCAGUUCACCAGCACUUAUAUUCUUACUGCUAUGUCCAUAGACCGAUAUUUGGCCACGGUUCACCCCAUUUCCUCUUCAAGAUUCAGGAAGCCCUUUGUCGCUACCUUGGUGAUCUGCCUCCUCUGGGGAUUCUCAUUCAUCAGCAUUACUCCAGUAUGGCUCUAUGCCAGGCUCAUUCCAUUCCCUGGUGGUACUGUGGGCUGUGGCAUCUGCCUCCCCAAUCAAGAGACUGACCGGUACUGGUUCACUUUGUACCAAUUCUUCCUGGCCUUCGCUCUUCCCUUUGUAGUUAUUGUUGCCGCAUAUGCACAGAUACUUCGACACAUGAAGUCCUCUGUAGCCCCAGCUAGCCAAUGCAGUGUCCGGCUGAGGUUGAGAAGAGUGAGACGGAUUGCCAUUGCUAUAUGCCUGGUCUUCUUUAUCUGGUGGUCACCAUAUCACUUGCUACAGUUGAUACAGCUGUCUAUCAGUCACCCAAGUCUUAUCUUCUAUUACACAUAUAAUGCAGCCAUCAGCCUAGGCUAUGCGAACAGUUGCCUCAACCCCUUUGUGUACAUUGGGCUGUGUGAAACUUUUUGCAAAUACCCGGUUCUCUCUGUCACUCCAAUGGCACAGGAGUAGCACAAGUUCAUUCUGCCAUUACCAGAUAGCUGAUACCUGACCUAAAAGGGAUAGAGAAUAGGGGGAUGGGCACCUCAAGUCCAGAAAGACUUUGAACAGCUAGAGAAUAUUCCAAGAACACCAACAACAAAAAGAUGAAGAGCUUGAUGCACAAGAAAAGAUUAAAAUAAUUAAAUAUAAAACUUGAUUGACCAACAACUACAGAGGGGAAGAGGAUGACUACCUAGAAGAUUGAAGGAUGUAAACACCAUGGAAGAAGGAUUGAUUGAAAUAG